AAAUUUUGUUGUAAAAGCAAUUUAGUUUGGUCGGGUGGCAUAUCCCAUCAUCACAGACAGAUAAAGAAGCACCGGAGCCGGAGGAGCAUACAAUACAAUACAACGUUGUUCUGUUCUGUUCUGUUCUUUCACAGAUCUAAAACAACUAACGUUCUCUUGUCUCUGGUAUAAUCAAAUCAAAUUAAAAAAAGAAUAAUAAUUUGCAUUGGUUUUCGUUUGACCACCAUCACCAUCCUCUCCGAUUCUAACUUGCUCAGACGAAAGGCCGAGGAGAGUGCGUAGAGAGUGUCAUGGCUUCUGAGAGGGAAAGUUUUGACCUCUCAGGACCUUUGCAUUUGACUUAUGUCUUAUGGGACAAUCCAUAUCAUCGAAUGUCAGUUGCUGCUUGUUUAGUCCAAGGUGUUUAUAUUCUAGAAAGGGACCGGCAAGAAAAACGUGAAGGUUCGGAUGCUCUAGCCCCGCCUUGGUGGACAUUUUUCCAUUUUCAGCUGCUUCGACCACUUGUAGAUGAUGUUGAUUCUUCCAUCUUUGGUGCAAUCUAUGAGUUCAAGCCUCCAUCUUCACAAAGUAACGACACUUUAUAUCGAAGUCCACGUUACGUGAUUGCCUUUCGAGGAACUCUAACAAAAGCACACUCAGUUUCACGUGAUGUUGAGUUAGAUAUCCACUUCAUCCGACAAGGUCUUCAUAAAACUUCGCGCUCUAACAUAGCUAUUCAAGCCGUUCGAAACACGGUAGCAACCGUAGGUGAUUCAAAUGUUUGGUUGGCUGGACACUCCCUAGGAUCAGCGAUGGCGUUGCUUACCGGGAAAACCAUGGCAAAGGAUGGCAAUUUUAUCGAAUCCUUUCUUUUCAACCCUCCGUUCACAUCUGCUCCACUUGAGAAGAUUAAGGAUGAGAGAGUCAAACAUGGCAUUCGAUUUGCUGGCAGUGUGAUAACAGCUGGACUCACCAUAGCUAUGAAAGCAAAGCAAGCAAAGCAGCAGCCGAAGGAUUUAUUUAUCGAUCCAUUUACUGCUUUGUCUGCGUGGGUCCCAUGUUUGUUUGUGAAUCCAUCUGAUCAUAUAUGUUCAGAGUAUAUUGGAUACUUUGAACAUAGGAGAAAUAUGGAGGAUAUGGGCGCGGGAGUGAUUGAAAGGUUAGCAACUCAAAACUCACUCGGUAGUUUACUGAUGGGUGCGUUCGGGAACGACUCUGAACCAUCUGAACCACUGCACCUCAUUCCUUCAGCUUCUCUGACAAUCAAUGUUGCUCCUUCUGAUUUCAAAGAAGCUCAUGGGAUUCAUCAGUGGUGGAAACCUGACUUGAGACUUGAUCAGAAGCUCUACAAUUACAAAUAGUUCAUGUAGUUAUUGUGGUAAUUUAUUGGGAUGUUGCUGAUUCUGGUUUUUAUGUGAAGACUGACAAAUUCAUUUAAAUUAUGGAGGGUAUCUUUGUAUUGUCAUUUUGUUCCAUAAAUUUAUAGAUAGGUUAUCUGGGACAAGAGCUUGACAUUUGUAACUUUAAGGGACGAGUUCAACGGUAAGAGCUUGUUAUUGUAACUUUAAGGGACGGAGUUCAAAUCCCUUCGCUGAAAGUUGUAAAUCAGUCAUUUGUGUUACUUUAAUUAAUAAUACUAAUAACUUAUCUUUCUCA